AUGUCGUCGGACGGGCUCAAUGUCAUUGCUCUAAUCUCGGGAGGCAAGGACAGCUUCUUCGGCCUGAUCCACUGCAUCGAGCACGGCCACCGUAUCGUGGCCCUCGCGAACCUGUUCCCGGCAGGCCAGGACGCCAGCCAAGAGCAAGAGCACGCCCUCCUCGUCCAGGAACAGUCAUCAUCCCGGGGGCAAGACGCCACGACUGAGCCCAAGACCAAUCCUCGUGCGUCGUCUGCGCUGCCAUCUCCCGCGGGCCUUCAGGUCAUCGACCCGGGUACCUGGGCGGCCCAACCGGAUGCCGAGGACCAUGGCCAUGGCGAACCUGACAGGGACCUGAACAGCUUCAUGUACCAGACCGUCGGUCAUGAAGUUCUCCCCCUGUACGCCGCCGCGACUGGACUGCCGCUCUAUCGCCUGCCCAUCGCUGGACGUGCGGUCCGCCAUGAGAGGGACUACGACGCGACGACGACGGUCAACGCUCAGGACAGCGACGAGACAGAGUCCAUGCUGCCCUUGCUCCAGGCCAUCGUCGCCCGCCAUCCUGAGGCCAAUGCCCUCUGCGCUGGUGCCAUCCUCUCUACCUACCAACGCACCCGUGUUGAGUCAAUCGCCCUGCGCCUUGGCCUCACGCCCCUGGCCUACCUAUGGCAGUACCCGAUCCUGCCACCCCCAUCCGCAGCCACUGCCAGUGACACCCAGCUACUGGUCGACAUGGCCAACGCCGGGCUUGAGGCACGGAUCAUCAAAGUUGCCAGCGCUGGUCUGGACGAGGACUAUCUCUGGGAGCGGGUAUCGAGCGAGGCAGGGGCCCAGCGUGUGAAGAACGCGCUGCGCAAGUUUGGCGCAGCUGAGGGCGCGGCAGCCCUGGGAGAAGGUGGCGAGUUCGAGACCCUCGUCGUCGACGGACCUUCGCGUGUCUUCAAGAAGAGGAUCAACGUCCCGGACGAGGGGCGGAAGAUCGUGCGUGAAGGUGGUGGUUGCUCGUGGCUCCUGUUGGGGGGCGCACGGCUUGAGGAAAAGCCAGAUUCUGCGCAGGCACAGGAGCCGACAGUUCGGGUCCCUGAUCUGCUCGAUCCUAGGUUCCAGGCCGUGUUGGACGAGCUGCUGUCUGCACCCUGGGCAGCGCAGGAGACCAAGCACAUCUCUUCCUCUGCGAGGCAGCUAACGCCAUUCGCCGCGGGUGCAGGGACUGCAACUGCCGACAUCGAUCUUCACCGCUGGUCCGUUCUCCCGGAUCUGCGCACGAGCGAGACGUCGAUCCAGGAACAGACGGUGCAGGUUGUGGCGAAGAUCAGGAGUCUGGUGUCGGAGGCUUCCAUCGACCCCUCGCAGAUCACAAGCACUAUUAUUGUGCUGCGGCACAUGUCAGACUUUCCAAAGGUCAACGGGGAGUAUGGAAAGCUGUUCCCAAAACCCAAUCCACCGGCUCGGGUGACCAUAUCCUGCGGCGAUCUGCUCCCGGACGGUGUCAGCAUCGCUGUGUAUCUUACUGUCCCCGUGUCUCAGGCAUCUGGCGACCGCAAUGGUCUUCAUGUCCAGUCACGGUCCUACUGGGCACCUGCAAACAUUGGUCCCUAUAGUCAGGCUAUAGACGUGCCUGUUACGAUCCGUCAGCAGGCGACUGGUCUCCGAUGUAUCUCGAUUGCAGGACAAAUUCCCCUGAUUCCAGCCACGAUGUUGCUCCCGGCCCCCUCUGAAACCUCGCACGAGCUCCAAGUUGCGCUCUCUCUGCAACAUCUCUGGCGAGUUGGUCAAGAACUCAAGAUUCAGUUCUGGACAGGCUCAGUUGCCUACUUCCCUCGUGCGACUUCUCCUGAUGAGAUGCAACGCAGCGCUCAGAUUGCAGGGCAUGCUUGGAAGAAGGCUCACGGAUCUCCUGAUGAUGACGAGGAGAAUGAAAACGGCCCUGAUCCUUGGGAUCUGAAGUACAACCCGGCUUACAUGACGCUGGCAGCUAAUGAUGAGAAGUCCGCAAAGAUUCCUGACUGGGAGGUCCUUACGCUUCGUCAGCAGAACGAGCCUGACACUUGUGUCCCGCCAACCUUUGCUGUUGAGGUUGAGGAGCUGCCCCGGCAGUCUGACGUGGAAUGGCAUGCUCACAACGGGUUGUCGAAGGUGGAUAAUGCAAGCCUUGUGAUGAUUCCUCCUCCCGAAGUCGGGAUUCCAGGCUGGAAUGCCUGGCAUGCAGUUGUGCAAACGGCAAGUGGCACUGUGAUAUACAGUACCUUGGCCUAUUACUGUGACGAGACAUCCCAAUCUCUCACACUGGGAGGAUUGGAGGCGGACAUGGGCAAGGCUCUCGACGAGUCCAUCCGCCAACUGCGCCCCAACGAGCCUAGAAUCAGUCUCAACAAGUCUUCUCUUGUCUAUGUUGACGCCACUCAAGUCGAGUCUUUGUGGGAGCACGCCGAUGUGCCGACGGGGUUGGCCAUCACCCCUUGCCGGUCCAUUUGGUCACCUACUGGACAACGGAUAGCGAUUGUCGGCUUGUUUGAGAUGAUUUUGACACAAGAAUCAUGA